AUCCGGAGCCGCCGGUUCGGAACUGGUUGGGCAAGUGGUCUCCCUCUUUAACCCUAUUUCGUUUGUUUGCCUGAGAUUCUCCCUUUUCCCAUUUCGAUACGGCUUCACCUCAGUCACCCGGCUUCUCUCCUCCGUCACGUCGUCAGCGCCGCCUGCUUGAACCUGGCAGAUUCGGAGGGUUUUGACAUUUGAGCGUCGCGAAUUGGGCGAGUCAGGUUCGACUUUCUUCCGGGAUUAUAGUUCUUGAGAGCCAUCAAUGGCCGCCGUUUGCUGCUCUCAGUUGAAGCUCCACUCACUCUCCGCCGAUGCUGCCUCCACAUCGCCGUCGAAGCUUCCUUCCAACUUGAGGUUCAAUCCUUCUACAUUCGCCCUACCGUCGUCCGCCUACUCCAAAUUAGCGGAACCCCAGCCUCUGUGCUCCUCCGUCAAGUCAUUCGCUCCGGCGACAGUAGCCAAUCUAGGGCCGGGAUUCGACUUCCUCGGCUGCGCAGUCGAUGGAAUCGGUGACUACGUCAACCUCCGAAUUGAUCCAGCGGUUCACCCCGGGGAAGUAUCGAUUUCCCACAUUUCCGGUGCUGGAUCAAAGCUGAGCAAAAAUCCCCUAUUCAACUGUGCUGGAAUCGCGGCCAUUGCCGUGAUGAAGAUGCUCAACAUUCGAUCCGUCGGCCUCUCGAUCUCCCUCGAGAAAGGCCUCCCCCUCGGCAGCGGCCUUGGAUCCAGUGCAGCUAGUGCUGCCGCAGCUGCGGUUGCAGUCAAUGAAUUAUUCGGUGCGCCAUUAUCGCCGUCCCAAUUGGUCCUUGCCGGUCUUGAAUCGGAGUCUAAGGUCUCCGGCUACCACGCAGACAAUGUAGCGCCGUCCAUCCUGGGAGGCUUCAUCCUGAUUCGCAGCUACGAACCUCUGGAACUGUUGCAGCUAAAAUUCCCGAAAGAACAGAGCUUAUUCUUCGUCCUGGUGAACCCCGAAUUCGAAGCUCCGACAAAGAAGAUGAGGGCGGCGCUGCCGCCGGAGAUCACAAUGUCGCACCACAUCUGGAACUGCAGCCAGGCAGGCGCACUCGUCGCCUCCGUUUUGCAAGGGGAUUUGCCGAACUUGGGCAAAGCUCUGUCGUCGGACAAGAUUGUGGAGCCAAGGAGGGCUCCCCUGAUUCCAGGCAUGGCUGAAGUGAAGAAAGCCUCCAUUGAAGCUGGCGCGUUCGGGUGCACGAUAAGCGGGGCAGGGCCAACUGCAGUGGCGGUGACGGACAGCGAAGAACGAGGGCGGGAAAUCGGGGAGAGGAUGGUGGAGGCGUUCAUGAAGGAAGGGAAUUUGAAGGCCAUGGCAAUGGUGAAGCAGCUGGAUAGAGUUGGAGCAAGGGUUGUCAGCAAAGUUCCCAGAUGAGCAAUGGUAAUUUUCUUAAAUUUCGAAAUUGAAAUUUGAUGCAGUUAAGUUUGGUUUUCAAUCUGGUGCAAGAUGAUGAUUGAUUGGUCUAAGUUUUGUUUGUUGCGAAAAUCUCAAUAAUUAUGUUUUCAACCGUUUCUUGGAGUCUGUUGAAUUAAAUUGCAAUAAGCAGUGGGGAUGGAUGUUUGUCAUU